AUGGCGCGGACAAACCAAAGGCUAUGGCUCGCCUGGGGAGCCUGCUUGAUCCAGCUUGCCGGGUCGAUCACGGCAAGCCCCGUGCAGGGCAACGUGGUCGCUCGACGGGACGUCACGGAGACAAAGACAACAACCGUCACGGUAGCCCCCACCACCGUCACGGUCAACCCGCUAGACCCGACCAUCACGAGGGAGGCGGGAUGGACGUCCACGGUCGCCCCGCCACCCUUCAUCAGCACCAUCACGUCGGGGUGCAUCAGCUACAACUACAGCUUCCCGCCGGGCAGCGAAACGACGACAACGGUGGUGACGAGGACGGUGACGGAACAGAGCACCGUCACGGUGACGGACACGGACCUGCCGCCCCAGACGCACUUCUACUUCCACCUGCCCACGGUGACGGUGACGACGCCGACGGCGACCUACGUCUCGUACCACUGCACCAACACGAUGGUGGUGCAGUACGCCGACUGGGAGUACCUCACCUGGACCUGGACCCACUGGCAGAACGUGGCGACGACGACGGGCCUGUGCCUGACCACCUCGACGCGCUCGACCACGCUGCCGGGCCUGGACACGCUGCUGCCGACGCCGCCCGUGCCCCCGCUGGAGGACUGGGAGUACUUCUCGGGCGAGCCGGGCGUGACGCUCGUGACCAAGAACACGGUCGCCAUCGCGACCGACACCACCGUCGACGCCGCGCCCGACCAGACCACCACCGUCACCAUCUGCGACGACCGCAACCCGCGCCCGACCACCACCACCACCAUCACCGUCACCCGGCAGCAGUCCACCACGACCAAGACGGUCACCGGCGGCCCCGGCUGUGCUCCUACCACUACUACUCGGGCUCCCGGGGCGAGGUCAGGCCGUCGUCGUCGUCGUGGUGAUGGUGAUGAUGAUGACGACGACGAAUACGACGUGGUCGAGGCGAGAGACGCCGGCACGCCGGUCGAGGUGCGCACGGUCGUGUACACGACGGUGACGGUGAUUACCAACUCGGUCUACACGCUGACGGGGACGGCGAUCGUGGACAUCAACACGCAGGAGUUUCCGGUCACGCGGAUCGCGUACGCCACGACCACGGGGACCGGGGUGGUGACGGUCACUCAGACCGCCUGCAACUAG